GAGUUCUCCAAUGCCGCGCAGCCGGGAACCAGCAGCAUCGCAGAAAUAUCUCCUGAGCCGCAACCAGGAAGCGUCACACCGUGGAAAGCUGUCAGCUCGAAUGGCCACAGUCUGAAGAAGUGCGUAAUGGAAGAUUACAAUGGCAGCCCCUGCACGAGCACGGACCUCUUCGACAUGAAGGUCGGCGACAUCUGGGAGGGCGGCAAGCAAAAGAAGCGUGUGAUGGCCCUGGACACUCUGAAGGAGAUCGUUCACAAGAUGAAGGGCAAGGGCGACAGCUCAAGUGUGGAAAACGCGUUCAAAACGGAGACGAGGGACGCUCAGGGUACAGACAUUCAUUACAGGAGCGUGAACAAGGCCAGGAGCGUGCAGGAGAUGGGAGACAGGGUGGCUGUGGAACUGGAAUUCGGGGGCAAGGGCGAGAACUACAUCUUCAGCGCGACCCCCAAGGAGUGGCACUCCUUCGCCAAUCGCCACAAGGCCGAAGCCAUGUUCAAGUGGGCGGUGAAGCACGCGAAGUCUGGCCCGAACAACGGGGAGUUGAGGAGGGACAUGUUCCUCGUCGUGGAAGUGUUGGUGGCCUCUCGGGUGGUGUUCAUCAAAGCGAACACCGCCGGGAGGGUGAGAAUCACAGCUGCGCAGGCCGGGGGCGCGGGGGGUACCGAAGUCCUCGACAGACUGAGUGAGCUGAGGCUGGCGCAGGUGGGCGGAGACCUGAUGGUCCGUAACGUGACGCCGUCGGUGGAAGCGCACAAGGUCGUGAAGAACAGCGAUGGCGCUUGCAUCGUGAGGGUGAAGAACAACGCGAGGUGGAAGUCCAGCAGAGAUUUCGACAGGCCGCAUGCUUUACAAAUCCUCGGCUUCUAG